AUGAGCUCAAGACCAAGGAGCCUCCUUAGAACCCCGAGAAGGAAGCGAAGCUUGCGAAGACAAUCAAGGAGUCGUCUCUGUGGAGCUCGGAAAUGCUUGAGAAAUGUCGUUAAUGGAGGACGAGUACAGAUGGGUAUUUCGGAGAAAUUGGAGACUCUGAAGAAUCUGAUUCCUGCAAGACAGGGGGAGAUGAAAGCCGACCGCUUGUUCAAAGAAACUGCGGAGUACAUCGUUUUCCUGAGAGCCCAAGUGCAGAUUUUGCAGAGAUUGAUUGAUUUUUAUGGGACGGAUGAGAAGCAAAAGGUUGUAUAG